UACCUCACGUAGUUGAGAAAAGCUUUGCGUCAGUGUUGAAGCAGAGAGACCGGGAUCCCAGCGGCACGCUGCCGCUACAUGAAACGACUGGAGUCUCAGCAGUGAAAACCAUUGUUUUCUCCUCUUUUCUUUCAUUAGACUUUCAUAAACGGCGACGAGAUGCACUAGAUCAUGUAGGAUAAAUCAUUAAAAACAUUUUUUUUUUACUUUACUGGAUGUAACUGUGAACCAAAUUCGUCCUGCGGCGUUACAUUGAUAUUCUUAUUUUGUGACAUAUUCAAGUGCGAACUUUCUGAAAACUAUUGCGAGAUAAGUCAUCAGUCAGAUAACAUUUUAAGCCCUCGACGAAGAGACUAUUUUAGGCCUGUGACAGAAUCAUCAUGAGUGAACAGAGUAUCUGUCAGGCGCGGGCCGCUGUCAUGGUGUAUGACGAUGCCAAUAAGAAAUGGGUUCCAGCCGGCGGCUCCACGGGCUUCAGCAGAGUGCACAUAUACCACCACACGGGCAACAACGCCUUCCGGGUGGUGGGACGCAAAAUACAGGACCAUCAGGUGGUAAUAAACUGUGCCAUUCCCAAGGGGCUCAAGUACAACCAGGCCACACAGACCUUCCACCAGUGGCGCGAUGCCAGACAGGUCUACGGACUCAACUUUGGCAGCAAAGAGGAUGCCAACGUAUUCGCCAGUGCCAUGAUGCAUGCCCUGGAGGUGCUCAACUCUCAGGACACAGGCCCAACGUUGCCAAGACAGAGCCCCCAGGUUCAGAAUGGACCUUCGCCAGAGGACCUGGAGAUGCAGAGAAAGCAGCUGCAGGAGCUUCAGAGGCAGAAGGAGAUGGAGCGCGAGCGGCUGGAGCACGAGCGCCAGGAGAGGGAACGGCUGGAGCGUGAGAUGCUGGAGAGGGAGCGUGAACGGGAACGUCAAGACCGUGAGCGUCAGGAGCGAGAGCGGGAGCGCGCCGAGCGGGAGCGCGCCGAGAGGCAGCAUGUGGAGCGCGUCGAACGGGAUCGCCUGGAGCGUGAGCGUCAGGACCAGUUGGAGAGAGAGCAGUUGGAGAGAGAGCAGUUGGAGAGAGAGCAGUUGGAGAGAGAGCAGUUGGAGAGAGAGCAGUUGGAGAGAGAGCAGUUGGAGAGAGAGGUGGCGGAGAGAGAGCAAUUGGAGAGAGAGCGGGCGGAGAGAGAGUGGGAGCUGAUGGAGAGCGAGAAGCAGGAGAGGGAGAGGAUGGAGCGAGAGACUCACCAGGAGCAGCAGUUGGACAGAGAGCAGAUGGACUGGGAGAGAGGGAGACGCAUCUCCAACGCCGCGUUUGAAAGUACCCUCUACACCCCUCCGCCUCCAGAGUACUCCUCCAAGACCUCCUCUACGUCUGUGUCUCCCACCACCCCCAACUACCCUCCACCCACCCCGUCACCCUCCUCUGCAACACCCCCCACCCCGCCUCUACGUCACUCUGCCUCCCGUUUUGCCACCUCACUAGGCUCCGCCUUCCACCCCGUCUUGCCCCACUACGCCACAGUCCCCAGGCGACAGCCCGUCCCUCCCACGCCCCCCACCCCUGCCCCAGCAACCCCCUCCAAGUCUUUGGUGUGGUCAGCAACAAACUUCAGCCCUCUGCCUCCCUCGCCCCCCGUCAUGAUCAGUAGCCCCCCGGGCAAGGCAACAGGCCCUCGCCCUGUCAUUGCCAUCCCAGUCCCCAGCCCCUUGUCACAGAAACCCCCCUCCCCCAAUGGGCCUCCUAUGUUCCCCGCCCCUUCACCGGUCACCAUUGGCAACAGCAGCAACCCCACCCCGCCUCCCCCUCCCACCCCGCCGCCCCCUCCACCGCUGCCCCCUCUGUCCCUGUCCUGCCAGCAGUCGCCUGUUGUCUCCCCCAUCGCUCCCCUUGUGUCCUCUCCCUCAUCCCAGCCUGCUGUUGUCCCUUCUCCUUCCACAGCUCCCCCUGCCUCUGCUGACCUCUCUGUAAACCUCUCUGAGCUGGGAGACUCCUGCUCCUCGGCUCCAGAGGCCUUUCAGCCUGCAGACCCUCUGGCCCAGCAGGACACAGUGUUGACGCCGGUGCUGCCCACCCCCCCUCCCCCUCCCCCCCUCCCUCCCGGCUCCACUGUGACCCCCACAGCCUCUGCCCAACCAGGCCCUCCUCCCCCUCCCCCCUUACCCCCCACACUCACCCCUACAAGCGGCGGCCCCCCUCCCCCACCCGGUCCCCCACCUUCCCUCGGUGGCCAGGCCCACCCUCCUCCUCCACCAGCCCCUCCCCUGCCGCCCGGUCUCUUCUCCCCCUCGGAAGACCGCCCCCUGUCCGGGCUGGCCGCUGCCCUCGCUGGAGCCAAGCUGCGUAAAGUGCCAAGGAGUGAUAGUGGUGGUGAUGCGGCAGCUGCUCUGGCUGCAGCCAUGGCUGGGGGAUUGGCUGGCGCUACAGGGGCCAAACCUGGAGGGAACGGCCCCCUGGGAGGAGCACCUGGAGGAGGGGGGUUGAUGGAGGAAAUGAGCGCCCUCCUGGCCAGGAGGAGAAGAAUUGCAGAGAAGGGAUCAUCGCCUGAGCCAGAGCAGAGAGCUGAUGACGGUGGCAGCGAGGGCACCACGACUCCUAAAGUGUCUGCCUGUAGCACACCAGACAUGCCCAGGAAACCAUGGGAGAGGAGUAACACUAUGAAUGGUAGCAAAUCCCCAGUCAUUGGAAGACCAAAAUCCACACCGACUGGAUCCCUAAGUGCCAACGGGGUGCCAACAGAAGGUCUCGACUAUGACCGAUUGAAACAGGACAUUCUGGACGAGAUGAGGAAGGAGUUAUCAAAACUGAAAGAGGAACUCAUUGAUGCCAUCAGAGAGGAGCUGGGCAAGUCGAACACUGUGUAGAAGGAUCUCACCUCCCUGUAAAUUACACCUAUUACCGGACAACUGAGACAGGUCAACUUCAGAUAUAGGACAAUAUUAUAAAGCAACAAACAAGGUAAAAAAAGUUUUAAAAGGUGGCGAUGAUGAUGACAAUAACUGAAUUAAUACAGCAGACAGAGUUUGUGGGGCGGAGCAGCGUCAGGCACACAACUGGGGAUGAGGGAGUGCGGGAGGCGUGUAGCAUGGAAGCACUGCUGGCGUCCAUCUUGUGAAGCCUGGCCGUUGCUGCCAUUUUCCCGCAGCCUCACCUGGAGGACAGGACACAGUCAUGAAGAGAAUUGACUGUCAUUAUGCAAAGAUUUCUCUCUUUGUCGAUAACACAAGAAAACAAGGAAAAUCAACAAAAACUAACUAUAUUGAACUGUAUACUGUAUUAACCAUUGAAGUGUGAGAAGUCAGACAGCGGUCACACUAAGAUUUGGAACGGUUGGUGCGCACUUGUGAUUUCAAAGCAAAAAGGCAUGUUUAGUGGGCGAGUGUUAAGUUUGGAGGCAGGAGGGGAGGGAAAGGGAAGUAAGGACUCAGUUUCCCAUAGGGCCAUAGGAGGGAGCCUCUUGAUGUGAAUGAGGGACUGACUGGUGGACUGGGUAUUGUCUACUGCUGCAGGACUCUGUAAUGCUUGUCUUCCUCAAAUACUAUUUUAACCUGAAUAUGUACAAAAGAAGAAAAAAUGAUAUCUACAAGUCUAUGAAUUGUCUGUUUUAAUGUAAACCAUGGCCAUAUCAAGUAGCUUAAUCAAAUAUUUUCAAGAUGGUCUUUUGGUCUGUUUUGGCUUAAUAUCCGAAUAUCAUGAUCUUCUUUUUUUUCUAUCAAAAUGAUCGCUGUAACAAGCUACUGUACUGCAUUUCUUCUCACUGUUUCGGUGUGUUGCAGGCUGAUGAGACGGUCACAAAGGGUACAUGCCUUUCUACAGUCAAUCUGUGUAGCUCUUUACCAAACAACCUCUGUCAAUUAGUGACGGUUAAUACUGCUAAAAUCACCAUGACCAGAUCUGGAGAUGGAGCUAUUUGAAAUCUCUGUACUGUUAUUAUGAACUAAACCUUUUUUUCCUCCCUCUCAUUUUCUGUCAAGUGUUUGGUGCAUGUGUACGGUGAGACUGCCAAGAAGUUGCGUUAUUGUCUGUCAGUUUAUAAGCAAUAAGUGUAGCAUCUGGGUUGAAUUUCCCCCACAUGUUUUCCUUGAAAUGUUCCUGUUCUUUUAACUCUACUCCAGCGCCCUGUUGAGGAUGUGAUUCUGUACCUCCUUCUGUUCACGACUGGACAUCCACCUAAUAGAUUCUAAACUGUUCUGAAACAAAUGGGUAGAGAAUAGAUGAGAUGGACAGACCCCCUCUGUUUAUAGCCAUAAUGUACUUAAUUUACUGAGGUACGCCAUUCAUUUUUCAAUUCAUGGUACUCAUGGUAUUUUGCAGGAAAAAAAUACAAAAAAUAGUCAUGAAAAAGACAUGAGGGACACCCCAUAAAUGAGUUUGUCCGCAUGACAUAUCCGCAUCCAUGCUUGUGUCAUUCAGUGUUUUCCUUGUGCUUUAUAAUUAUUUGUAGCAUUUUUGUUUGCCUUUAUUUCCUCUCCUUAUAAUAUGAAGUUCUGAUAAUGGCAUACUUCUUUCGCCCUCUGACUUUGUUCAUAUGGGAAUGGCUACUUUUAAUUGAAAAUGUUUCCUUUUCAAAACAAAACAUUUUUGAUUUCCUAAAAAUCUCGAUGUACAAUCAACGGAGAGAAGGUCAAACUGAGGUCAACCUGAGACUCGUGUAAAACAGAGAGAGCUGUCUUCAAUGUGAAACUCUAGCUUCUAUUCUCUUGACUUGCUGGUAAGGGGAUCGACUUUGAUCAGGGUUCUGUCGUGGCAACAGCUGAGGGGGUCGUGGUGACUGAGCUAUCUUCACAACACUCCCCUGGUGAGUGUUUUGCUCAAACACAAAUUAUUUCAUUCUCAUCUCUGAAUCAAAGCAUUGGAAGUUUGUACAGAAGAGUGUUUACAGCAUCGAUUGCACUUUAUAAACCCAUAGAAAUUCAUGAUACUAUGAUGAACCUGCUUUACAAGAUGCAGCCAUCGCCAAUAGUGUGGCUAUCACACCAAAGGUUUCAGCUACAAUCUCCUCCUACACACGUCACACUUUACUGAGUCGCCUUUUGUUUUAUCAUUGUUAAGAGAAAGGGAGAUAUCUAUAUAUCGAGUCCUUAGGUUUGGGGAGUGAAACAUUCUAAUUAAGGAUCAUUCAUAUCUACAUGGAUAAUUCUGUUUGUGAUCUUCAUGGUUUGUGCCUUGUUCUGAAUUUACAUUUAAUAUGUCAAAGAUUUAAAAAGACUAGUAAUAAUUCUAGGAACUGUCAUAAUCUCACAUGAUCAUUGUUUAUUCUUUUUUUUUUUGCGUCCUGGUAUAGUUAUUUUAAUGGGAGAAUGAAGUUAUGUUACAAAGUACAAUUGAACCCAAGAAGUGGUGUAUUUUCCUCAUGCCAUUUGUAUGUUACAGAGCAGUUUGUUACAUUGUUUAGGUUCUUAGCGCUUGGGAAAUCUGAAAAAUGUAUAUAUCCUCUACAGCAGUGGAGGCUGCUGAGGGGAGGACGGCUCAUGUCUGAAACAGAGCGACUGGGAUGGCAUCAAACCAUGUUUGGUGUAUUUGAUACCAUUCCACCAAUUCCGCUCCAGUUAUUACCACAAGCCCAUCCUCCCCAAUUAUGGUGCCACCAACCUCCUGUGCUCUACAGUUACAUUUUUGUCCCCAAAAUCAUAUUUUUCCAUCUACUGAGGGAACCGAAGCUGGUGGACAUAUUGAGAAAUUCAACUGAAUGUCUCUGAAAGGAAUUUAUCAGUUUCCUUUAUUCUUUUAUCAUUCACAUUGUACCAUACUGUUCUCAUGUUAAUUAGAAUUUUCUUACAUGCUAACAUUGUUUGAGCAAAUGAAAUAAAAAAAAAUUGCAAUACA